CAUGAUUUAAUGGACGGUUGGCAGUGCGCAAGCGGAACAAGCUAGCUAAACCUCGAACUUAGCAGUUUGGGUACCUGUGGGCUUCACUUCCAUCAGAAAUUAAAAAGAAAAGUCAACAUUUCUAUCUUAUUUUUCGGGCUAAAACAAAUUUUAAACCAAUUAGGCAUUUUUUAUUUUUUAUAAAUAUUUCGACAGGAAAGGAUUUUAGGUAUGAUCUCUGUCAAAAAAGAGUUAGCAGUGGCUAGUGUUUUCUCUGAGGAGUCUGAAAAUGAGCGAACAUUUUAUGGAUUUUCCGAUAGUGAACUCGAUAAGGAGAUUACAAUGGAAGAUGAUGAAGCCCAGCCUGAGCUCAUCCUGAAAAAGAGGGCCAAACCAUCUUCAGGGACCCAACCCUUUAGGCUGAGGGUGGCUCUCCGCUCUUCACAGUCUGCUUAUGAUGAUGAUGAUGGUAAUGAGGAGGUUGUGGAUGAAAAGAGGACCUUAAAGAGAGGGCUGAAGAAGGCAAGAAGCACAAGCCGUGCUAAGAGAACAAGACCUGAUCAAUUUGAAGCAGACAAUGAGGAUGCAGAAGUGGCUCAGCCGUCCCCUGCUGAGGGGCAAGGAUCUGAUUCAGCAGAGGAUACUGCUGAUUCUUUCCUGGCCAAGAGACAGCAGAACAUCAUGGCCAACAAAGCAAUGUUGGCUCAGCUGAUGGCAGACCUGCAGAAGAUGCCAGGAGGAGCAGGGUUUCUGAAAAAGCAAGAGACCAAACAGAAAACAAAAGGGAAAACCUCUCGUCCACCACGCUCUGGGGGAGAGUCCAGGAGGAACCCAGAGCGGGCUUCUCGCAGAUUGACCCGCUCUAUGGGGGGAGUUGAAGAGCCUUUAUCCCCAAAGAAGGAAGAGUUGGAGCUCAGCCUGGAGGAGGAGCUGCUGGAGGUACGCCGAGCCCCACAGCGCAGAGGUGCCCCACGUCCUAAGCAAUGCAAACCUCAUAUAAUUCGCUCUGUGGAGGACAUCACAGAGGAUGAGCUGCAGCUGGUCGCAGAGAACAUGACAGAUAAAGUCUACAAUACAGUCACUGGCUCCACAUGUCACCAGUGCCGUCAGAAAACCAUUGACACAAAGACUUGCUGCCGCAGUGAGGACUGUCGGGGGAUUCAGGGUCAGUUUUGCGGGCCGUGUCUGAGGAACAGAUAUGGGGAGGAUGUCAAGAAGGCACUGCUUGAUCCGGAGUGGAGGUGCCCUCCCUGUCGAGGCAUUUGCAACUGCAGUUUCUGCCGCCAGCGUGAUGGUCGCUGCCCAACCGGCAUCCUGUUUCCCCUCGCUCAGUUCCAUGGCUUCUCUGAUGUCCACUCCUACCUCACCAGCCUGCGCAAUAAACUGAAGGGUGAGGAUGAUGUAGAGAUGUGAUGUGAGCACUAGGGGGAGCCGUUUCUCUAAACAUAUUUUUAAAUCCUGUUUGCACAUGUUCCAUUUUAACCAAAUAAAGAGAUUUUUUUAUCA